AUGGAAGAGUACGACAAUCCUCAUGAACUUCAAAUGCAUAUCCUCAUCUUUCCAACUGACACACAUGGAAACGAUUACAAGUUGAUAUGCAUUAAUGGAGUUGACAGUCGGUGGGGUCCCCCAUAUGUGAUGAAGGAAUAUAACCCAGUUGAAAAUAACUGGGAAGUAUUGGAAAAUAACAUUGAGUUCGAGGCUAGGCCGCUCGAUCUUGACCACGUGGCUGUCGUUAAUGAUAGUUUGUACAUGCUGUCUGAUAAUUUCGAUUACGGUGAGGAACAGGUUUGGCCGCAGUCUCCAUGGUUGUACAUAGUGCAAUAUUCCCCCGUCGAAAAAAAUGGUAAGAUUCUACCUGUUGAGGCUGUUCAUAAUCCUUUUCAUGGUGCAUACCGGGUCUUCAAAUCGGGUAGCCGAUGGACGUCAAAAGAGUCUCUAUGUCUAGUUCGAUAUAUUGAGUGGACAUUUACUCUAUGGAUCUCUGAAGAUGGUUCGCCCGGCUCGUGGGACCUUAUUCAUCGCAUUAACGUCGGAGAUAUGGGGAUACACAACGCACUGGAAGAUGAAGAUGAAGAUGAUGACAAUCUUUUUACAAAAAAACCAGAUAACGAUCCAAUCAGAGGUUUUGGUAUUGUUAAUGGUGACUGUUUGAUAUUCGCGACGACUGCCCUAGUCUAUGGUUACAAUACCAACGGAACUUACUCUUGGAAAUUUAAAGUUCUUGGCGAAAACACAAUGGGGUUGUAUGCCAGGUUCAUCUCUUAUUCCAGUACCUUUCGGCCUGUUGACUUGCCUCAAACAACCUUGUUUAGUGAUGUUCGUGCAACAUUAAAUGGUUAA